GAUUAACCUGCCGUGCUACUUUGCUUUGCGACACACGGCCGACGCAAAAACCAUCGUUUUCUCGGUAGCUCCCAGUCCAUGCCCGCCUAGUCACCCCCGAGCCUACAAGGCGCAACAUCGAAUAAUAAACAACGAGCACUAAGCAACACGUAGCGCGCGUGUUGGACGCUCUCCCGAUUCCGCCAUGCCGUCGAUUCUCGAGGAAGAUGACAAGGAGACGGUCAAGCGCUUCGUCCCCAAGCAGACUAACAAGAUCCAAGCCGUCGCCGUCGCUAGGCUCUACGUAGCCUACCCCAACAGAUCCAAAUGGACCUACACGGGCUUGCAAGGUGCCGUUGUGCUGGCGAAUGACCUCGUUGGUAACACGUACUGGUUGAAGAUGGUGGACAUCUCGCCCGGAAACCGAGGAGUGAUAUGGGACCAGGAAAUCUACGAUACAUGGAACUACAACCAAGAUCGCGUCUUCUUCCACACCUUCGAAAUGGAGGAGUGUCUGGCGGGGCUGUCGUUCGUUGACGAAAAAGAGGCGAAGCAGUUCCUGAAGAAGAUGAACGACAGGGAAAAGAACGCAAGCAAGGCUACACAAAAGACUCCCUUCGGAGGCGUGGCGCCGCAGAGCCAACAAAAGCAUCAUGGCCUACUGGGAGGCAUCUUUGGAGGCCAUCGACAUUCCUCAGCUCCGACACCCCCUGAAUCGCCGCGUGCCCCGGCCCCGGCUCCGGCCCCGAGGAACCAUGUUAGAACCGGUAGUACGAAUGGGCACAAUGGCCAUAACGGCUUCAAGGCCCCUUCCGAGUUCGCAACGCUAGAAGCUUUUGACCCCCUAUGGAGGGAGCAUUUCGGAGACGACCUCAAAUCCAAAGGUCUAACGGAUGACUUUAUCAAGGACAAUCAGGACUUUAUUAUCGAAUUUCUCAAGCAGGAGCAAGAGCAAGCUGAGCAGGCUGAGGAGCCAGAGCCCGUUCGUCAUGCGGCGCCAUCUCCAUCUCCUCUACCCCCACCGCCCCCCGUGAAUGGCUCAGGUUUUGGGCUGAGAGCGCCGCCUCCUCCCCCUCCUCCUGCACCAUCACCCCGCCAAGCCCCCGAGUCGGCUCCAGCGCCUUUGCCGCCACGGAGAGGAGUAGCGCCCCCACCGCCUCCCGCGCCGAGGAGGUCGGCCAAGUCAGAAGUGCCAGUGCCAAUGUCAGUGCCAGUGCCCGUACAGCGUGAGCCAACACCGCCGCGCGACUCCCCACCGCCUCCUGCUAGGCCUAGAUUUGCUGUUCCCCCGCCCAUCUCAGAUGCCGGGAGGUUUGCCCACACAGAUCCCCGUGGCGCGUUAUCUCCCCCGGCCCCCGGGCCGCCACCUCCGCCCCGGCCUCCAAAGACGCCGAUCGAGCAGUCGGAGCCGACACAGCCAACACAGAGAUUUGGAGUGCCUCCGCCCUUUACUGGCCAACGGAAUGUUCCCCCGGCGCCAACUCCGGCGCCACCCAGUCGUGGCCCUGUCCCUCCACCUCCGCCACCCAGGGAGCCUACCCAAGCAUACGCAUCGGCUUUACCUCCUCCGCUACCUCCCAAAGCUCCAGUGUCAAGCGCGCCUCCCCUUCCACCCGCGAACUCGCGUCCACCUUCACUCCCAACUAGAGGCGUAGGUCCGCCAUUACCACCUUUACCGACCUCGAACGCACCCCCGGCGCCGCCUCUGCCCACCUUCGGCGCACCGCCAGCUCCUCCUCCAGCUCCUCCGCUCCCGUCGUCCAACGCACCACCACCGCCUCCUCUCCCGUCACCGAAUGCCCCCCCAGCCCCCCCUCUUCCCCCAAUUUCUGGCAGCAGUGGGCCACCUCCACCCCCGCCGCCGCCACCUCCUGGCCCCGGUAUCGCCGGUAUCCCGCCACCGCCGCCACUGCCUCCGAACCGCGACUCAGGCUACUCUUCUGGCGUACCAAUUCCCGUUCCUGCCCUGCCGCCGGCACGUGCUGCUGUCCUCGGCGACAUCCAAAAAGCAGGCGGCAUUGGUGCCCUCAAGAAAGUCGACCGCAGCCAGAUCCGCGACCGAAGUUCCGCAACUGUGGGCGGAGCCGGAGAUACGGGACCUCACGGGAGCGGGCUACCGCCUGCGGGCGUCGCUCCAGCUGCUGGGGGAGGAGGAAUGGCCGAUGCUCUCGCCUUAGCACUACAAAAGCGAAAGGAGAAAGUCAGCCACAGCGAUAACGAAGACGACGAUGACGAUUGGGAGUGAGUUCUCGGCUUGUCUAUUAUUUACAGUCUUUAUUCUUGGGUGGGGUCUGAUGAGAAGGAGUGUUGCUUUCGGUUGUCUCUUUUUUCUUCCCCCUCUUUUAUCGUUCUCUUUGACACUUCUUCCAGUGACUGGACUAGAAUUAACUUGGACCGGACUGGCAAGCGUUGUCAAUAUAGGGUGCCAAGCCGAGCAUGACUGGGCGGGGAAACAAUUUUGCUUUCUUUCUCGUUCCCGUUUUUCGUUUUUUUCUUCAUGGCCCCCGUAUUUCUUCUUCUUUUGCCCCCAUGGUCCCUGGUCUCUAAAAUGAAAAAGCAAGGGGCGGAAGAAGGGAAUCGCAAAGUCAAAAGUGUAUUAAGAAAUAAUUGAUAUUUAUUUCUCAACACGCAUUUUCCCCCC